GUCGCUUGCCUCGGUGGCAUCUACCUGGUGAGAGAGAUGGCCAUCCUGCUACGAGAGCAGCUGAACAAGCGUCUGGGAAGGCCGUCGCUGGUGCGAAUGACCAACCGCAGAGGCGGGAUGCAGGAGUUUGGCAUCGCCAUUCUGCGUCUGCUUCGGCUGCGCCCUCCCAGAGGGGCAGAAUUCAACGAUGUGGUGCUGCAUCCGAAGCUGAAGCAGCAGGUGAUGCGACUCGCCGACGCCACCUCCUCCGCGAAGCGGCGGCGCAUGCCGCUUCAGCACGCCAUGUUCUACGGCCCUCCCGGGACUGGCAAGACCAUGGUCGCGCAGCGGUUUGCCGAGUAUUCAGGUCUCGAGUACGCGAUCAUGUCCGGCGGUGAUGUCGCCCCGCUCGAAGAGCAGGCGGUGACGGAGCUGCACAAGCUCUUCAGGUGGGUGCAUAGAAGCAAAAGAGGAGUGCUCCUCUUCAUUGACGAGGCCGAUGCCUUCUUGGCGUCGCGGAAGAAUUCAGGCAUGAGUGAAAGCUUGAGAAAUGCACUGACCACGAUGCUGUACCAUACUGGCACACCGUCCUCUCAGUUCAUGCUUGUCAUCGCCACGAAUCGGCCGCAUGACUUGGACAGCGCGAUUCUCGAUCGUCUGGACGAGAGCGUUGAGUUUGGACUGCCGGACAUAGAUGCCAGGAAGGGCAUGGUGCAGCUGUACUAUGACAAGUACAUCGCCAAGCCGCUGAAGCUGCCAGCUGUCAGCUCGGGAUCUCCAAUGCUCCGGAAGCCGGACCAGCCGAAUGGACUUCGGAGGCGGCUCCCCGGCAGUCCGAAGCCGCUGCAGAUCCCCAGGGAGGAGGAGGUGGACGAAGCGGCAAUGGCAAUUGUGGCUUCGCGCAUCAACGGCUUCAGUGGUCGUGAGAUCUCCAAGCUCUUCACUUCGCUGCAGAC